GCGCCAAACGAAGGGCAGCAUUAAUAGUUUUUGAGAAAUAAAGAUAAAGAAAUCAAGCUAGCUGGAGAAUCAAUAUAAAUAUCCUGAAGGCUAUCGAUUUUUCUAAAGAGAGAGGAGGACUGUGGCUAUGUUUAAAAACAAGUCUGCCUGGUUUUCAAGCAGUGUGCCACAGGCAUGUCACAACUUUUGGAGGCUGGAGGGUGGGAGCAUUGCUGGUUGCAGAACAGCAGAUUACCUUUUCAGUGAGGAUGCUACAUGUGCAGAUACUAUGAGGAUAUUUGAGAGCAAAGACUAUCUUUGGAACAAGGUGGCGGUUUUUCACAGCUUGUUUCUCUCUGCCUGUGAGAGGCGCCAGAGUGUGAAGUCUGUGUGCAUCGGUCAUUAUGUGCUCCCUCCAGCCUCAGUACAGGACGAGGUGAGACAGGUGGUCGGUAGAUUGAUUUGGGAGUUUGAAGAUGAGCAGUCAGUGGCACAGUUCGGCUUCCUUCUGUUUCACAGGGUUUUAGUAGCCAGACAGAAGAUGAGUGCAGUGAAGUCAGCAAAAGCAACUCUGGACCAUCUGAUACGGAGUCAGAAAGUGAAGCUCCUCAAAGUGUUCAUUAUCCAGUAACUGACAUGCGCUCAGGUUACAUCAGUAUGGACAACCUCCAGAAAUAUUCAGGCGAUCUGUGUGAUUUCCAUCCUGGAUCUCUCCGAUGCUCCCACUGUAAAGGCCACUGCUGCCCCCUGCACACAUAAGCAGAAAUGCACGAGAAAAGGAUGAAUACACUGGCCUAAAAAUAAAUCAGUGUCACAUGUAUUAUU